AUUAGGGUUUUGGAGUAUCCGAAUAUUGUGCUCUGUUUGAAGGAGAUCGGGGUCUACAUUAUAUUCUUACAACUUUCUACGUAAAGAAAAAGCAUGGCACCAGAUUAUAGAUUGAAAGUUAUGUAUGGGGGAGUGUUUAAACCAGUAAAGACAAAGUUAGGCAGAAAAUAUGUGUAUGGAAUGCAAACUUGCUACACAGUGCUUAGUGAUACAUAUACUUUAAAAGAGUUUUUUGAAGAUAUCAAAAAAAUGUGGGAUUGGGGAGAAACAGAAUAUGUGCGAGUGGCUUAUAAAUCAAAGAAGACCAAAGGAGAAGCUCAAAAGUUUAUUGAUAUUAAAGAUGAAAGUGAUUUUCUUGAUAUGUUAGAGCAAUUCACAGAUGGUACAGAGAUAGAAAUAUUUGUUACUAUUAGUUCCGAUGGCAUUCCUUUUAAUUUCAAUGUUCAGGAUGUAGUUGAGGAUGUAGUUGAGGGUGAAAUUGAGGUUGAAGAUGAUGUUAGAAUUGAGAAUGUAGCUGAGGAAGAAGAUGAUGUUAGAAAUGAGAAUGUAGCUGUGGAAGAAGAUAAUGUUGGAGAUGAAGAUGCUGAUUAUAAUGGUAUAGAAGAUGCUGUUGGAGAUGAAGGUGUAGUUGAGGAAGAAUAUGGUGUUGAAGAAGAUGAAGGUGGAGCUCAUCUACAGGCUGAUUAUGAUGCUGUAGAUGAAGGUGUUGGAGAUGAAGGUGUUGCUCUCAAGGAAGCAUAUGGUGUUGAAGAUGAAGGUGGAACUCAUCUAGAGGCUGAUUAUGAUGCUGUAGAUGAAGGUGUUGGAUAUGAAGGUGUAGCUGAGGGAGUAGAGGGAGUAGAUGAAUCAGAUAAAUCAUCUACUGAAAAUUUUGAACAGAAUUUAGGCUUUAGUUCCACUGAAACUGACUCAGAUGAGGAUGAGUUAGUUUAUGACAAUGAGAAUCCAAUUGUGGACUAUGGUGUGAAGUAUCCUGAUGUCAAUUCAUUUAGAAGUGCUCUUCAUCAAUUCGCUGUCCAAAAUCAAUUCCAAUUCAAGAUUAUUAAAAGUGAUCAAUCUAGAGUGACUGCAAGAUGUACGACAGAAGGUUGUGGGUGGAGAAUACACGCAGCAAGGAUUCGAGGAGAAGCUACCUUUCAGAUCAAAACUCUCCAAUCAGAGCAUACGUGUGAAGUUGUCAAUAGGUGUGGAAACAAGAAUGCUACAAAAGGAUGGAUUGCAGAAAGAAUCAUUAAUUGGCUAAAAAAUGAAGGUGAUAUACCUGUGAGUGAUUUAUCUAGAAGACUUAAAGAGCAGUAUGGAAGGUUGGAGUUGCCCUAUUUGAGGGUGUGGAAGGGUAAGGAGCUCGCAAUGACCCAAUUACAUGGAAAGUGGGAUCUAUCAUUCUUAAGAGUUUUUGAUUUUUGUGAUGAGAUUAGAAGAAGAAAUGUAGGAAGUCAUACACAGAUUAAAUUGAUAGAGUUGGAGGGUAAACAACAUUUUCAGCGAAUGUUUAUUGCUUUUGGGGCUAGUAUUCAAGGUUUUCUAAGAGGGUGUAGGCCAUAUGUCGGUUUAGAUGGAGCUCAUCUUAAGGGUAAAUUCAAAGGGAUUAUUGUUUCUGCAAUUGCAUUGGAUGGAAACAACUCAAUGUUUCCAGUUGCAUAUGGUGUGGUUGAGUCAGAAAAUGCAGAAAGUUGGGAAUGGUUCUUGGUAGCUCUCAAGGAAGCUAUAGGUUGUCCUAAUGGUUUGGUUCUAUCCAGUGAUAGGCAAAAAGGCUUAGAUAAGGCCCUUCUAGCUGUCUAUCCUACUGCUGAACAUCGUGAAUGCAUGCGUCACUUAUAUAGUAACUUCAAGAAACGAUUUCGAGGAGAUAUUUUGAAGAAACAUCUAUGGGGAGCAGCUAGGGCAUAUACAAGUUCAGCAUUUCAAUACCAUAUGGAAAGGGUGCAGAUGGCAGAUAGUAGAGUGGUUGAUUACUUAAGAGAAAAUCAUGGUCAUGUAUGGAGCCGCUCUUUAUUUGGAAUAGAUGCUAAGUGCGAACAAGAAACCAAUAAUAUCUCUGAGACUUUUAAUUCUUGGAUCAGUAAAGAAAGGAAUAGACCGGUGAUAGAUAUGAUGGAUGCCAUAAGGCAGAAAAUAAUGAUUAUGAUGAACAAAAGAAGAAGAGAUGCAGCAAAAUGGUCAACAAAGCUUGUACCGGGAGCAACUAAGCAUAUCAACAAUUUGACCAAGGUAAAUAUAAAAAUCUGCUUGUUGUUUCUUACUAUAAAUUAUUUCUAAACAAGCAAACUUACAAACUUGUAUUGUGUUAAUGCUAGGAUCUUGGAAAUUAUAAAGUGUUGAGGUGUAGUGAUGAGCAAGCGGAGAUAGAAGGGCCUAAUGCUAGAUGUGAUGUAAGGUUGGAUGAGAGGACAUGCACAUGUAGAAGAUGGCAAGUCUCUGGAUUGCCCUGUGUACAUGCAAUUGCUUUUAUAGCUAAGAUGAAACUCAAUGCUGAAGAUUAUGCAUCAUCAUACUUCACUGUGGAGAGGUAUCGAGAUGCCUAUUCAUUAAAUAUUAAGCCAUUGCCUGCCCAAGAGGAAUGGAAAAAGAGUGAUAUAGGUUUUAGUGUGUUGCCACCUAUAUUAGCAAGACCUGCUGGCAGGCCACGAAAAAAGAGAAUAAGGGGAGCGGGAGAGAUGAUUAAGAGAAAACACAAAUGUGCUAGAUGUGGUGGUUUUGGCCAUCAUGCAAGAACUUGUAAGAAUACUGUUCCAGUAGAAGGUUCUAGCAUACAAUCUAAAAGCAAAAUAAGAAGAAAAACUAGUGGAUCGCAACAACAAGAGCACGAUUCUGAACAUGCGGCAGCAGCAAUAUCACAGCAGCAAAAAGGGUUAUUUUAUGAUGCUACAUCUUUUCAUCAAGCUAUUAUCUUCUCUUUCAUUUUUCUUAUACUCUUGUUUUA